CGGGCAGGCUACCUAUUCCACCUUGACAUCUCCACCUGUUUCACCUAGACUCCGAGAGACUUCCACCGAACAACUUACGCCUUUCCAUCUCGUUUUGGACUUUCCGUAUUCGCCAGCUCAAUCUCUACUAGGACUCACACUUGGCGCCGGCAUGCUGGACCAAAGAACGUCAAGACGAUAAAGUUUGACCCCGACAAGCCAUGGCUUCUACUGCCGAUGCCCCUCGUCGCAACCUGUCGCUGAAGCUCCGGAGAGGUCGCAAGGACACUGACCGCAAUGAUUCGACCAGCUCAAUAGGAAGCGGACCCAUGGACGACCAUGUCUCAGGCCUCAAGCCGUCCAUUGACAACGUCUUCGCCAAAGUCAAGGAACGCAGAGCUCGCAAAUCGCAAGACCUUCGCCGCAACAGUGACGACUCGUCCAAAGGCCUGCGUGGCCUCUUGCCGUCGUCCAAGAAGUCGCGUCGGAAGAGCAGCACCCAAGACAGCGACCUUCUCUCGGCAUCCAGCGACCUGAUCCCAGACCGCCAGCGGGGUACCUCGCCCAACCCCAGCGAGCUCUCUUUGGGAAACCACGGCAGUGGACAUAGCAGUCUGCUCACCGAAGACUCGGACGAUCAAGCACCCGUCAGACCAACCCUCUCCCCUCACCAGUCCCACGCCGGCUACUUGACGCUGUCCUCUCCUCUGAUCAACGCCGCCGCUACAAACAACCCCUUGCCUGAAGACAUUCCCCAUCUUGCAGAUACUCUGGCUAGCCCCGCUUCUCCCGAGAAAGACGCUGCCUCUCUAUCGCUUCCUGCAACUGCCGACCGCCGUCAGUCGCCCGUCGAUAGAUUCAAAGGCGCUUUCACCUUGCCCAAGAAGAAGCCCUUGCCAGAAAUACCUACAGAAGCACAUGAGGCCUUUCCAGAUCUCGACUCUGAGCCAAUCAACAUCAACACCACCGUGUCUUCUCCACGUCCCUCGACUCCUCAGUCGCUGCCUCAAAAGCCCACAAUCAUCACCACCGUGCCUACCACACCUCCCAAUACCGUUGAACCUCCCACCACUUUCGUGACGCCUCCUACUCCCACCUCGCCUCAAACCCACUUCUCAAAUGCAUCUGCCCAGUCACUCAACUCCGCCGUCAAUUCCCCUCCCUCAUACGUAAACGCUGCUGCUCAGAGACGUAAAAGAACUGGAACCUUCACUUCGAGCAAGCUCUCGAGCACAAUCACCGCUUCUCCCUUGACGCCGCAUAUUGAAGAAGCAAAAACACCAGGAGGCACAAUCACCGCUCCAAACACGUCUUCGGGCUUCUUCUCUUCCGUCUUCAACGCGGCGCAGAACGCUGCCAACCAGCUCAGUACUAGCUUGAAUACGUCCAUCGCUUCAAACCAGAAAAACAAGCCUCUGCAGUCGGAACAAACAGACGCCGCGGGCGGCGAAGAAGUGAUUCCUGGCCCUGAAACAAUCAACUCGCCAGAACUCGAACCAGGCGUUAAACGUCAACUGGCCGUUGAAACUCUUGGUAGAGGAGACCUUAGUCUAGAUCAGCUCGGUAUCAGUACCGAGAGCUCCGACGUCAGCCCAAUGACUUCCAACGUGGAUCUGCAGGAUGCAUCAUCCAACGUCUCGCAAUCGACCACCAACGGACAGAAACAAGAGGAGAGCGCUGCACAGCGCGCUGUGUCGGCUGCCUACGAGAAGCCGGUAGAGAAGACGAUCAGCCAAGCCACUGGCGGACGACCUCUUUCAAUGGUCUCUGGCGAUGGCUCCGAUGCUGGUUUCCAAACACCUCCAAGGACAUCAGGCACCUUCGACAGUGUCAAGCGUGCUGGCUCGGUCAGGAGCAAGCUCAGUGGCCGCCGAAGACAUCGUGGCAGCUCGGCCGCUACCGGCGGAACACUUGCUGCUGCCGUCUCUGCUAGUAGCGCUACUCUUGUUCCUGGCGCACUUGGUCAAGGCCAUCGCUCUACUGGCUUUGCUGUUGCCAGCAGCAAGCGCAACAAGGAUUUCCAUCAGCUGUUUCGAAGUGUGCCUGAGGAUGACUACCUGAUCGAGGACUACAGUGCUGCUCUACAGCGCGACAUUCUGCUGCACGGAAGGCUCUAUGUCUCGGAAGGUCACAUUUGUUUCUCUAGCAAUAUCCUCGGCUGGGUCACAAAUUUGGUCAUCAGUUUUGACGAAGUUGUAUCAGUGGAAAAGAAGAGCACUGCUGUAAUUUUUCCUAACGCCAUCGUCAUCCAGACUUUGCAUGCUCGCAACGUAUUCGCCAGUCUCGUCGCUAGAGAUUCUACUUACGACCUCAUUAUCAGCAUCUGGAAGAUCAGCCAUCCUAACUUGAAAAGCUCUCUCCAUGGUGUAGCACUGGACGAUUCUGGCACUGGCGAUAAGACCGAACGUGCCGAAUCGAUUGCGUCUGAACACGACAGCUCCGACCAGGCCACUGAAGAUGAUGUGUAUGAUGAGGAUGAAGAUCAGGAUGACAUGGGCAGCUUCUAUGAGCCUGGUGGCAGUGUUGCUGGUAGUGAAAUUGGCGAUCAGGCUGUAAGCCGCAAGACUUCUGCCGUCCCUGUCACGGCUGGCAUUUCAACUGGCAACGGUCCUACCAAGGGCGCAGAGGUCAUAGAAGCGGCUGCUCCCGGUGCGACAGCUUCUGCCGACUUCCCUGGUCCGGCUACUCAUGCUCCCACCGAAUGUGGCGAUGAUGGUAGUCACUACGAUAGGCCAUUGGCCGACACCACGAUACCGGCUCCACUGGGCAAGGUCUAUUCUUUGAUGUGGGGUCCAGCAUCGGGCACGUUCAUGAAGAAGUGGCUGGUUGAUGACCAGAAAUCACGCGAGCUGUCUUUCGAAAAUGAGAAAGGUGGUAUGGACGACACGCACCGAACAUUCAUCUACUCUUACAUCAAGCCCCUCAACGCUCCUGUUGGACCGAGACAGACCAAAUGUAUCGUCACUGCUACCAUGGAAACGUUCGAUUUGGAAAAAUGUGUCUCUGUCAACUGCAGCACUGCAACUCCAGAUGUGCCUAGUGGUGGUAUUUUCACCACGAAGACCAGAUAUUGCAUGAUGUGGGGCCCCAACAACUCGACUAGGUUGAUUGCCAACUGUACGGUAGAAUGGACUGGCAAGAGUUGGUUGAAGGGUCCUAUCGAAAAGGGUGCCAAUGAUGGUCAAACACAGUACGUCAAAGACUUAGUUGCUGCUCUCACCGCUGGUGUGGCUGCGAAAGCCACAGUCAGAGGUGCACCUCGCGGCAAGGGUAAAGGAAGACGCAGAACCGAUGCUGGUAUGCCGGCCGAAAGUGUUGCCGUCGCUCCCAAGAAAGUACCAGAGGAGGCCAACUGGGGACUGUUCGAGCCUCUUCGCGGACCAUUGGAGCCUUUCGUCAGCAUCUUGCAACCUUUGUUCUCAGCACAAAUCGUCAUCACGAUAUUGGUGCUGCUUCUGGCAUGGACAUGGCUCUUCCCAUCUCGACCUCGUUCUACCGGCGUUGGUUUUGCCAUCGAUUCUCCCGGACGACUGGCAGCAUACGAAGAGCUGUGGCGCAGAGAAGAAAGUGAACUCUGGGACUGGCUUGAAGAUCGCGUAGGCCUCAGCAACGGCAUCCCCGUCGGCGGCGCCGCACAAGAAAGAAACGACAGACAAAAAGCCCUGGGCGUCAACCAAAUGGGACGCAGACUUCGCAAUCACAACCUCGAAGGGAAACAAGUGGAAGAUGCCAUCAGAGUUACUGAAGAAAGGCUUUCCACACUGAAAGACGCGGUCCAAAGGAAAAAGGCUGCACAAAAAGAAGAGAAGAAGAAGAAGUGAUGAUUUUCGUGUGUGUCAAAUAACAAUCAUUGGGUCUUUGGCUUUUCUGGCGUUCUCGAGCAAGCGGGAAUGGGGGUUUCUUCUUUGUCAAUUAGGCGUCGCUCACUCCCUUUUGUAUAUCACGAUCCGCUUUUCGGGCAAUAAAAAGAACUUUUGCAUAUGACUCGAGC